UUGGUGUGGCCCGGGACAGCAUGGCUGCCACAAUUCGCCUGCCGAAGCACGACCUUCUGCAGGCGCUGCGGAGUUCGGUGUAUCCUGGGGUGGGAGGCUCAGGCUCCACGUGCUGCCGCUGCCCUCUCGGAGCUAAAAGAUACCUACUUACAGAUAGUAUUGUGAAAUUGGAAGAAUUUCAGCACAAGAAGGUGGCUAUUGCAUAUCAUCUUCCUGGCACCAAAGCAACCUAUCUGAGAAACAUGGAAGAGAAAUUGACUCAGAACAAGCUCAUCUUGAAGGCGGAGUUGAAAACCUUGCUUCAUUUGUGUGAUUCCAGGGAUGAUAUGGAACUGGUUAAAAAUGUCAUUUACAGGUACCAUGCAGAGAACAGAAAUGUGAAUUUCGGAGCGUAUAAAUUUGGACCACUUUUUAUGAGAGUGUGCUAUGAGUUGGAUCUUGAGGAAUCUGCAGUGGAACUCAUCAAAGACCAGCAUUUACGAGGUUUCUUCUCAGACUCCACAUCAUUCAAUAUUUUGAUGGAUAUGUUAUUUAUCAAAGGCAAAUAUUCAAGUGCAUUGGAAGUACUGAUAGAGAUGAAAAACCAAGAUGUGAAGUUCAACAAAGAUACCUAUGUCCUUGCUUUUGCGAUUUGCUACAAACUGAACAGCCCUGAAUCUUUAAAAAUCUGUAAUACAUUAAGAGAAGAAGCCCUGAUCAAAGGAGAAGUCCUCUCCAGGAGAGCAUCCUGUUUUGCUGUGGCAUUAGCUCUUAAUCAGAACCAGGUGGCGAAAGCGAUAUCCAUUUUUUCCCAAAUCAUGAAGCAAGAAAACAUACUGUGCACUAAUUUAAAUAUUUUGAUUCAUAUCCAGGCAAAUAUGUUGAAAACCCUCAUAGAGAUACUAAAGGAUGCAGCAGAAGGAAGUUUAUCAAAAUUUGUGAGAAGACAAGAGUUCUCAGAAGAAGUGGAUUUCAGAUACUAUCUCUGGGUCCUCUGGUCUCUGCUGUCACAAAGAGGGAAGAGCAGGCAGCAGGAUCAUCUUGUUGAAGUACAUCACAAAAGAAGGCAUAACCCUCGCAAAGUGACUGUCCUACAACUCGAAUCUAUUUUGAAUUCACGAAUCCAAGUCACACACCUGGCAACGCAGCAGAACCUCCUGGUAUGUCCCACGGCACUCUGCGGGGACACAUUGUGUCACCAUUAAGUUCAAGAGGAUUAAGGAGGCCUUCACUUUCAUGGCUGGAAAUUACUGAAUUAAUACCAGUUUAAAGAAUAUGUUCUGUCGCUGGUGGCAGGAUGGCCACAUGCACGUCCGAAGAUAAUUCAACAUGAAUGCUGCUCACUGAGAAGCCAGGACAGAUGAAGCAACUCCACAUGAGGCUUUUGGGCCACAGGGUUUAUCUCCCUGUGUAAAACUGUGGAGAGCAGAGGAAAUGUCAUCUCCAAUUUAGAUGAGCACAGCAUUUCUUUGACACAUUGAUGCUGAAGUAACAAGGAAUUUAACAACAACAGGGCUCGGUAUGGUAGGGUUUAAAAGAUAAAGGCAAAAACCCUGCUAACACUUGAUGAGACUUAACUAUUGUCAGGCUCUAUACAAAGCACUUUGUAUACAGUAUCUCAUUUAAUCCUCAGGAAAACCCCAUUUCACAGAUGAGAAAACAAACUCUGAGAGGUUAAGUUCUUGGCCAUAGAUGUAAUAGCAGGGAGUAGGCACCCACAGAUGGUCUGAUGCCAAAGCUCACAGUGUUAACUCUGUGUAUUGUUGUGCCCAGAUGGUGGCUCUGUGUGUGUGUGUGUGCGUGUACAUGCUCAUAGGUGCACUUUUCAGGAAAGUUUGUGCUAUUGAUUCAGCAGAACCUUGAAGGGGCCACGCAGUAAAAACAGUUAAGGUAUAUAUGCAUGCACACAGACAUACAUAGAAUAUGCAUAUGUUACAAGUACAAAGAAACACAUAUACAUACUUAAUGUUUGUGUAUGGUGUAUGUUUGGAUUUUUUCAGUAAUCCCCCACCCCACCCCACCCCGCCCCGCCUGCCUUCAUGCCUUGCUCUUAUCACUGGUAUGCAGCUGAAGAACAUAAGUAGACAGCAGAGGGCGCCAAGAGCCACUAUUUUUUAAAAAGUGUUAGUUUUUGAAAGCAUCUUCCAUUUCUGGAAUUCAGAGAGAACAGAGGUCCACGGUGCAGUCGAGGUGGGAAAGGUAGAUAGACUUCAGGGAAGAUAAAGAAUGCUGCCUUCACUCAAACUGGAGAAUUACCGUGUUGAAAGGGUGUUUUUAGAAGAGAGAAAACAGGAUGACCCUCUGUAGAUAGCAUUCUGAUGCAUGUGUGUGGGGGGGUGGGGAGCAUAUGCUAGAUGUUUCAUGGAAAAAAUAUCCUCAGCUCCUUAUGAAAGAAAAAGAAUGAGCCUUUGUCUCAUCUGCGAAAGUUUCCUCCUAAAUUAAGAAUAAAGAACCCAGAAUGAAUUGUUUGCUGUUAAUUACUAAAAUCAUACUGAUCUGUGAGAGAAGUGAAAAGGAAUUAGGCUCUAAAUUAUUUAAAUUAUUUGUUCUGUCUUUCUACCCUACUCAAAUCCAUCAAAUCACAGCAACCGAUCUCCUCCAGCCAUCAUCAUGGAGUUACUAAGUCUUGGAGCUUUCUCCUUUAAAAUAAGGGAGACUUCAGUAUCCUGGUGUAUUUAUCACUGCCCAUUUCUAGGAAUAGGUCAAAGAUCACCUUUUCAUUAUCACAAACCUUUAAUAUGCAUUGGGAAUUCACAGAAUACUAAUUAUUACGGUGGGAUAGGGAAUUCUGGUGAAGGAUGUCCCUGACAGACACCCAAGCCUGGGAGGAGGGGAGUGCAGAUGUUCUUGCUCAAGAUGACUUGUUCAUGAGUAUACAAUAGAUAACUCUCAGGUUACCACUAAAAGUACUUAGAGGAGGGUCGCCUGGCUGGCUCAGUCGUUAAGCAUCUGUCUUCACCUCAGAUCAUGAUCC